CUCUUCCUCCAGGAAUUUUGGUCUUGAUCUCGACAGGUAAUGCAAAAACUACACGAGCAUAAAAACGAGCGUAGAUCGUCGUGGCCAUGGCUUCGAAUAAUGCACCAGAAAACUCCUUGGAACAGUCAUUGCAAGUCCGAGAUGACGAGUUCAUAGAGGCGUCAGAGGUAGAUGCCGAUGCGCCGGAAUCUGCCUAUGGUGACGAGAAUGAAAGCUACACCACGAGUUUGAUGUCGAGCGUUAGAAACUAUAGAUACGAGAAUGGACGUCGCUAUCAUGCAUUCCGGGAUGAGGUGUACUUUCUGCCGAACGAUGAGAUGGAAAGUGAGCGUUUGGAUCUUUUUCAUGAAAUUUUAACCCGACGAUGUGACGGCGAGCUGCAUCUGGCGCCUAUCGGGACCAACCCACAGCGGAUUCUAGACUUGGGCACUGGCACCGGAAUAUGGGCUGUUGAUAUUGGAGAUAAAUUCCCAUCAGCGGAGGUCUUGGGAAAUGACCUUAGCCCUAUUCAGCCGUCUUUGGUGCCUCCAAAUGUACGAUUUGAAGUCGAUGAUAUGGAGAAUGAGUGGUUGUACGGCUCGAAGUUCGACUUCAUUCAUGCACGUUAUCUUGCAGGCGCCAUCAAGGAUUGGCCGAGAUUGAUGGAUCAAGCAUUUAAAUUCACCAAACCGGGUGGCUGGGUUGAAUUUCAAGACUUCGAUAUGAAAUUUUACUCCACUCAAGGAGAGUUUUCUCCCGGCUGUCCCAUGGACGAAUGGACAAAAUUAGUCGUCAAGGGACUGAAAAAAAUUGGUGUUGAACCGGAGCCUGGACCUAAAUUAGAGGGGUGGUUGAAGGAUGCAGGGUUCACGAAUGUCCAUGAGAAAGUGCUGCCAAUACCUGUGGGCGUAUGGCCAAAGAACAAACAGCUGAAAGAGAUUGGUGCGUUAGAUUACCACCAGUUUCUCGAGGGCCUCGAGGGAAUAUCGCUGCACCUUUUUACAAACACCGCAGGAUGGAAGCCUGAAGAGGUCCAGGUGUUUCUUGUCAACGUUAGGAAGGACCUCAAAAACCCAAGGUUUCAAGCGCAGCACAACCUCCAUGUUGUGUAUGCCCAAAAACCGCUGGAUGCAGAAUAGUUAAUUUAUGGGUGGAAACAAUGGUGUUGUGUAAAGGGGAAUAACGAUUAGUUAGCUGCGUUUCAUAUGGCGCAGCUUUUAAACUUACUGUCUAACUUGAUUUUCCAAAGACUUAAAUCUUUAACUAGAUAAUACCUCUCAAUCAUAUAGAAAUGUUAGAUUUGUGGGACA